CAAAAAUCUUAUCCGGGGGGCGCAGCAUAUGCUAGCCUUUCUCCCUCUCCAAUGGGAUCCAUCUUUCGACAUUUUCAUCAUCUCUAACAAUGAACAAACCCAAAAAAUUAUAAGAAGUAAAAAAGGAACCAAUGGCGAGUGCUACCUUCUCCUUCUGCCCUCUCUCCCAGUCCCAUUCCCAUUCCCAUAUCCAUUCUUCUCUCAUCAAACCGACGCCGUUUCUCAGAUAUGGCAAGAAACUACACCACCACAUCUUCAUCACCAUCUCUUAUCCAACUCACCAUCAUCCUCGUUACUUAGCCGUUUCCAGAGACGAUGCCGCGACGCCUCUUCCUUCUUCCGACCAAACCCAAGAAACAGAGACCAAAGAAGUCGAAGACACUAUAGAGAAACGAAGGAUGGAGGAGAAGUUUGCUGUUCUAAACACUGGCAUCUACGAGUGUAGAUCAUGUGGGUACAAGUACGAUGAAUCAGCGGGUGACCCAUUGGAGAUGUCCAACGUGUGGAGCUGCUCAGAGUUUCUUUGAGAGCAAAAUGGUUGAGAUUGCUGGUUUUGCUCAGAAUCAGCAAUAUGGACUUGGUGGCAAUGCUCUUACUGGUGGUCAGAAGACUGGUUUAAUCUUUGGCUCUCUUUUACUCUUCUUUAUGCUUUUUUUGAGCGGCUAUUUCAUCCAAUGAUUUAUAUAUAUUUUCUCAACUUUCAUGUUAUUACAGCAUGUCACCAAUUUUACUUAUGUUUCAAUACACCAUUAUUCUCAUCAAUAUGACACUACCAUCAUUUCUA